GAAAUUAACAAAUACAACCCACCACGACAGGUAAUCAUUUUAUAAAUCUCAGAUAAUUUAUAUAUUAGAUGCAGCAUUCUUUUUUAAUGGGACUGUUGCAUCUCUGGCGCAAAUCGCAAAUUUACAUCUGCAGGGUUCGUAGUCGCCAAAACCAAAAAAAUUCCAAGACUUUCAAAGAUUUUUUUUCAUAUUUUCAAAGACCUUUGAGAGCAACCACCUGUCGAAAAAUUGCGUGCGAGCACAAUUUUUACCCAGUAAUUAGUCCCGUCAAAUCACAUCCUAAAAUGCACUUUUUCGUCGAUAUUUGCGAAAAUCUUGCUUCAAUCAAUCAAUUUUACUCGCUAGGAAAUCGUAUAAUCAAACACUCAAUAAAAUUUUAAAGACUUUUAAAGAUUUUCUUCGCUUUUUCACACAGUUCAAAGACUUUUCAAAGACCUCAAAGACCUGAAUUCAAAUUUAAAGACUUUCAAGGAUUUUAAAGACCGCUACGAACCCUGAUCUGUUCUUUGAUACUUUGUAUAUAUUUGUUUCUUAGAACCUCCUUGUUGGAAGAGGAUAAAAGAAAUAAAGGCAAGGUUUGGUGAUAGACGCCCUGCAGACCUAGUCGAUACAUGGUGUGAUAAAGACGGUUAUUUCCAACCCCUGCAAUGUCCUCCACUCCCAGGAUGUUACUGUGUUGAUAAAUAUGGAAAGCGUACAUCGAGGUUCUUCAGACGCUCACGUCUCCCAAAUUGCAGGAAAUUAG